AUGGGUUGUUGUAGCUCUACAUUUUCGGUAUAUACAGUAGAAGAAGUUGAAGCUGAAAUCGCAAAUUUUGCACCUCGUUUACCCGUAGCUGUACUUAUGAAUGGUGGUAUUAUUAAGCUUGAAGGUGCAAAUGGAUUUUUCAAUCCGAAUUCUCUACUCGAUGCAAGUUGGUUACAAGGUAAAUUGACACCACAAGAAUAUUAUGAAGCAAUUAAUUAUAUUAACAAAUGUACAGCUCAUACUCAUGUUGGCUUGAGCAAGAUUUAUUUAUCAUCCGAACGGCCAAUGCGUGAACAAUUACGAGUGCAAGCUGGCACGGCGGCAGUGCAACAGAUCAAUAAACAACAUCCAUCGGUUCGUUUUACUUAUCAACAAACGGCCGAAAAUAUGCAAAUUAAUACAUCCUACAGUACAGAUCCGGUCUUGCGCUUCGCACAAAGAGGCAAAGCACCUAUUGGUAAUGCCUCAAUAACCAUGCUUUAUAUUUCUGUUAAUUGA